GACACUGCUUUCACAGCAGAGGUUGACUCAGCGAGAGAGCGAGGAAUCAGAGCGCGAGUGAACAGCAUAAGUCACAUCUGGAGGGAGGAAGGAGGGGGAGUAGGACUUUCUGUAGGGUGAGUCUCAGAGUCCUCAGAGGUUUUACAACAUGGACCAUGAAUCUCAGGAAUGACACUGACCACAGUCACCGCCCGCUUUGUCUGGUGAGCUUAUACAUUUCUGACAUUUUGAAUGUGUUUUAAAUUGUGCCACAAAGUAAAAUUAGUGAUCAUUUACAUAUCAAGCCAAGAGGGACACUCCUCCUCUUACUUUAUCUCACGUCUUCUAAAGUGCACAUGUGCUAAGAUAACGCAGUUUCUCGCGGGUGUAUGUCUAGUGCCUAUUGUGAAACGUGUGUCUUGUGUUUAGCGUUAUUCAUGCCACCCUAUUGUGCUGUUAUAGUAAGGAGAACUUUUUGUACUGCUACACUGUAAAAAAAUAUCCAUCUGUGAAAGAACUGACUUUGUCGGCCUACUUGAAAAACAAGUGGAAAAUGUGCAGUAAUGCGACAUGCACGACAUUGUUUUACAUUGUUUUCAAGCAAUGCAAUUUUUUUUUUGUCUUAAAUCUUUUUGCUUAUGAGUGUUGUUGUUUUUGUUUGUUUGUGUGAUGAUUUAAGUGCUUUGGUUUGGAGCCUCACCGCACUGACACACAAACACGGUUACAUGCAAACUUUUAGCAACUUCUUGGAAGAUGAAAAACUAGAUUUGUAGUAGGUAGUUACUGUACAUCAUAACCCACUUCCUUGAUAUCUUGAAGAAGGAAAAUUAUGUUAAAACAGGGAAUAACAAUCUUUUUUUUACCAUUUUUCAAAAAUAAAGAAAAGAAGUGGCAUAAAAUUGUAUAACUGUUCAUAUCUGGUGGUACAAUUCUGCAAAAACAUGUCACUGUUAAUGCAUUGAGAUUGGAGAACAUGUGACAUGUAAGUUCAAUACAUCGUAAAUUGCAGAGUCUUGAGUGAAUUAGCAGUUGUUCGAAUGCAGACCAGAGACAGCAUGUUAGGUGGCUCUGCCUUCUGGAAAGAGUAUCCAGAGCUAAUGAGCUCCAGAUGUUUUGGGCUGUUCUAAACAGCGACAAACAAAACUGAAACAACUGCAUGACACAAACUGCAUGUUCUGUUUCAUUUCAACUGCCUGCUCAAGUUAAGUCUGCAGGUUUUCUGAGGAAACGCUCCAACACAAUAAGGCAGGCUACUGUAUGUGUGACGCUAACUGACGAGUGACUUAAAGUGUGUUGUUUCCAUCUGAGGCCAUGGAGAUGGGGGAUCAGUCAGAGAAGUGAAGCUUUUAGACAGUUGAGAUCUGUGCUUUAUAGCGUUCAACCCUCUGCAGUUACAUAAAUGCCUCAGUGGCUAAGAGACAAGUAGAUUCCUCGAUGAAUCCUGGCACCAGGAAGGAAGGAAGGAAGUGAUGGAAGGAUUUGGUCAAAAGACAACCACAUGUGCUGGCCCUCGGAGAGUUUGCUGCAGGUCAGGCCACUGUGGCAGUUUGUCACAGUCAUAUACAUCAGUAUGUGUAAAAUAUAUGUCACAUACUUCAUUUCUCUGUGUAUUUAUAUCCAAAUGUAACUGAUGUCUCUUUACAUUAAGUUUCAGUGUCGACCAUAGCCUUCGUGGGGAUUCCAACCAACCCCUCCUCAAUAGUCUGAAUCAAAACCAUCAACACAAGGACUCCGACAUGUUUCUUAUCUCAAUAAUGACAUCACUGACACAGUUAGAUCUUUGUAAGAGAAACCGGAUUCCUUAGCCAUAUUUACCCUUAGUCAAGCUUGGUUAAGGUAACAGUCAAUUUCCUUUACUUUUGUGCAAAAACAUAUGAGGCCUAUCACCUUUCUAAAUGUCAGAGACAUUGUAAGUCACUUUCAGCUGUGUUGCUAGGGUUCGGUGUUAACAUUCUGCUGAGGGAACUGUCCUUCUUUCAAGCCUGCACACAUCACUGAUGGGGCCAAGUAGUAUUUCAUCUUGUAGUUCUCUUGAAAUGAAUUUAUCUCCAGGGGCUUAAUAGUUCUUUCUUUUCUGUUUCUGGGUUUGUGUGUGCAGAUGUUGUUGGAAACAAACAUGAAACAUGGCUCUCCUGAGAAAAAUUAACCAGGUCCUCCUGCUGCUCCUGGUGCUGAUGGUGUGUCUCCUCCUCCACAGUACACUGCUCAGAGCCUCCUCUCGAGCCAGGCUCUCAGAUCACUGGAAGAGCGCUGGAAUCGCAGCAAAACAUCCUGCAGUAACAGUGUCUGAGAUGGAUGACGUCAUCCCCGUCAUCAUCUGUGCAUCGGAGGAGCGUAUGGGUGCAACCAUGGCAACCAUCAACAGCAUCCAUAGCAACACAGACGCCAGUGUGUUCUUCUAUAUUGUUACUCUUCACGAUGCUGUGAAACUGACGAGGAAGUACAUAGAGAAGACUAAACUGAAAGGCAUCAAGUAUGAGAUAGUGGAAUUUAACCCCAUGGUUCUGCGAGGAAAGGUGAAGCCAGAUUCCUCUCGACCUGAUCUGCUACAUCCACUCAACUUCGCGCGAUUUUACUUACCUCUGCUUGGCAUCAACCAUAAGAGGGUGAUAUACUUAGAUGAUGAUGUCAUUGUGCAGGGCGACAUCAAGGAUCUGUUUAAUGUGAAACUGAAGCCAGGCCAUGCUGCUGCUUUCGCCACUGACUGUGACCUGCCGUCCACGCAUGAGAUGGUGCGCAGCAUCGGCAUGCAGACGACCUACAUGGGCUUCCUGGACUAUAGGAAACAGGAAGUUAAAGAUCUGGGCAUCCACCCCAGGGACUGCUCUUUCAACCCUGGAGUGUUUGUGGCAGAUGUUAUCGAGUGGAAGAAACAGAAGAUCACCAAACAGCUGGAGAAAUGGAUGGAGGAGAAUUUCAGGCAGAACAUAUACAGCAGUGCCAUGGCGGGAGGUGUCGCUACUCCACCCAUGCUAAUAGUAUUUCAUGACAAAUACACAACACUGGACCCGCUGUGGCACGUCAGACACCUGGUUCCUCUUUGUCCAGGCUGGAGUCCAGAUGCCCGUUAUUCAGAGAGCAUGCUGCAGGAGGCACACCUGCUGCACUGGAAUGGCCCAUUUAAACCAUGGAACUACCCUGCUGUUCACUUGGAUCUGUGGGAGAGGUGGUUCAUCCCAGACCCCUCCAAAAGGUUCUCUUUGGUACGACCUGAGAGCGACACUUGAGGUCCGAGGAACAUACCAUGUCUGAGCCACAGGGUGACAUGAAGCAUGUGAAGUUCAGGACUUACAGAGAAUUUAAUACUGAGGAAUGCUCUUAAAAAUGAAAUGCUGGUUAAACAAAAUGUGACUAAUCUGUUGUAUACCUGUAAAGACAUGACUUGUAGAAAGGUGUUCAAAGUCAAAGCGGGAAACUCAGAAGUGUUCAUUCAAAGAUUUUCAUGUCUUUGCAAAUUGUCUUGAGCUGGAAUAAAUGUGUUUCUAUAGUAACCCAGUGGUGUAGUUUGUUUUAUUGUAGUGAGUGCGUUGUGAUGACUGUGGUGCCAUGAUCCAGUGGAUGCACUCAGCUGCCUGAAAGUCGUUCUGUGAGCCCGCAAAGUUCUUAACAGCAUAUUCUUGGUUGAGAUUCUUUGCUUGACAAUUCAUAUUCUAACCAGUCAAGUUAGCCUGUCUGUGCUAACAUAACCAAUCCUUUCAGUUUCUCUGUCCUACCCCAACUUUUCACACAUUUUCAGUUGAAAGAGGCUGUUUUACAACUGAGGAUAUGUUACUAAUAGCUACUAUAAUGACUGUAAAAUUGUAUGAUAAAUGUCAGUGCUGCGUAAGUGAAGUGAAAUUCCUGGACAUUGCUAGGCAAGGAAAUAAACUCAAUAUUAAUGUUUU